AAGAUUUUGAAGGUCCCACUGCCAUUACCGCUUUGAUGGUACAAAGUCAUGUAUCAGGUAGUCCGGAUUAUGCAGUUUUAUGCUGUUUCCUCUCGGGUUGCAUAAUAUUGUGCUUGGGUCUUCUAAAUCUGGGUGUAUUAGUACGAUUCAUAUCUAUACCGGUGACUACGGGAUUUACGAUGGCAGCGGCUAUUACAAUAGCCAGCGGUCAAAUAAAUAAUUUAUUUGGUAUACGGAGUACGUCAAACGAAUUUAUCGCAUCGUGGUAUAAUUUCUUUACACAUUUAAACGAAAUAAGAAUGAAUGAUGCCGCACUGGGCAUUACAACGUUAAUAAUUCUACUUAUGAUGAGGAAAGUGAAAGAUUUAAAGUGCCGUCGUCGCUAUAAAAUGUUCACCAAAUACAUAUCCUUAUCGCGCAAUGCAUUGGCUGUCUUAGUAGGAAUUUUAUUAUGUUAUCUGCUACGUAACGAUGAUAUAUUGCCGUUUAAAGUGAGUGGAGAGAUUUCCCCAGGUUUGCCGCCGUUUGAAUGGCCACCGUUUAGCACAACGGUAAAUGGUACAAUUAUACCUUUCAAAGCGAUGGUGUCCAAUUUAGGAGCUUCAUUGAUUUCCAUUCCCUUGAUAUCUAUAUUAGAAAGUGUUGCUAUAGCUAAAGCGUUUUCGAAAGGUAGAUUAGUAGAUGCUACGCAGGAGAUGAUAGCAUUGGGUGUGAGCAACAUAAUGGGGGGAUUUGUAUCGUCAAUGCCAAUAACCGGCUCAUUUACACGUACUGCGAUUAAUAACUCAAGUGGUGUUAAAACACCACUGGGCGGUGCUGUUACAGGAACUUUAGUGCUUAUGGCUUUGGCAUUUUUAACCAAGACUUUUUAUUAUAUACCCAAGGCGACAUUAGCAGCCAUCAUAAUCGGGGCCAUGAUUUUUAUGGUGGAAUACGAUCGCGUCGCGGAAAUAUGGAGAUCAAAAAAAAUAGAUUUCUUGCCUUUCUUGGUAACCGUACUUGCGUGUUUAUUUUGGAGUUUAGAGUACGGGAUUGUCGCCGGCAUUUUGGCCAAUAUGACAUUUAUUUUGUAUAAAAGUGCCGGACCUAUUAUUAUCAUUAGCAAGGAAGAGAUCAAUUGUGUUCAAAUUGGUAUAGUCGAGGUAAUGGAAACGCUUUGCUAUAGUUCUGCCGAAUACCUAAAGUAUCAAGUUAUGCACUUUACAUCAUCCCAAGCUGAGGGAAAUGAAAUAAAAUUAAUUAUUUUAAAAAUCCAAGAUAACUCAUCUAUUGAUUCUUCAGUAGCUCUAAAUAUUUUAUCUUUGGAAAAAGAUUUGUCAAUGCUGGAGUGUCGUUUGGUAUGCUGGAAUUGGAAUGUUUGUGCAGCCGGUGUCAUAUAUAGGUUGCAUUCUCGAGGCAAUCAAUUACUUAAAUAUGGGAAAUCAUAUACGGAACUUAUCAAUGAUUUGAAAUUAUCGCCAUCGUUUAUCACUUGCGAUAACGAGGGAUCUCUAAAGUAGAAGAAAUUUAAUAAAAUUUAAAAUUCAAGUAAAAGUUACUUUUAUUUCCACUUAUGUAC